AUCUACAUCUGAUUUUGAUAAAUUGUGUUGAACCCCAAAAAGUUUCCCAGUGAUGAAGAGUCCGAUCACCAUUAUGUUCCUUCCCAUUCUAAUUUGCUUGCUUAGCCUCACAACAACCAAAGCAACCCCAACUUACCUUUAUACUGAAUGCCCAAACACAACAACUUACACUCCCAACAGCCCAUACCAAUCCAACCUCAACACUCUCCUAUCUGUUCUCUCUUCCAAGUCCACCUCCAUAAAUGGCUUCUACAACUACACUGUCGGCCUCAAGCCCCCCGACAUAGCUUACGGCCUCUUCCUCUGUCGCGGCGAUGUUUCAACCCAAACUUGUCAAGACUGCGUGGCCACUGCUACUAAAGAAAUAGUACAAAACUGUCCCAAUUCGAAGGUUGUUACGACUUGGUACGAUGAGUGCAUGUUACGAUACUCGAACAAAUCUAUCUUCUCCAUUUCUGAUCAAUCUGUCAGAUAUAUCUUAGUCAAUACGGAGAACAUAAAGGAUCCAAAACGUUUUACAAAUUUGUUGGGAAAGGUGAUGGAUGAUGUAGCGACUCGUGCUUCGAAUAGCGUGUCGGGUAAGAAGUUCGCGACGAGAGAAGCUGAUUUCUCGGCACUUCAGACACUGUACGGCUUAGCGCAGUGCACGCCGGACUUAACUACCUCUGACUGCAAUACUUGUCUUAGAGAUGCUAUCUCGAGUUUUCCGGAUUGCUGUGAUGGAAGAAGAGGUGGGAGAGUUCUGUUUCCGAGUUGCAAUGUCCGGUAUGAGACUUAUCCUUUUUAUGCCAUCCCUGCUCCGCCGCCUUCGUCAGGUUAAAUAUAUGUAUCAGUCAAUAAUGUAUCGACGAAUAUAUCAAUAACGGCGAUAUUUAAAAUUUAUUGAAACUUUGUCAAGUUGGCUUAUAGAAUAAUAUAAGUUCUCUUAUAUAUUGCAA